AGAACACUUCAUAAACGUCGGGUUGGUCUUAUUUCGGGCCGCACCACAACUUCGCCAGUGACGGUCUGCUGUACCAUCCAAUAAGUAUAUCAAAUCCUCAGCCAGGAACUAGACUCGCCAUGUCAGCCUCGACUCAUGCCGCCAAGCGCCAAAAGUCUUCCAAAGACACACCUUACAACCUGAUUUAUUGGCCAGGUAUUCCAGGCCGCGGAGAGCACAUCCGCCUGGCUCUGGAGGAGGCUGGUGCCGACUACACCGACACGGCACACCAGAAGGAUGGCGUGAACGAAGUGCUCUCGCGCAUUGACGAUUCUCACACCGGUGAUGAUCUCAAUCCUCCCCUGUUGGCUCCUCCGAUGCUCAAGCACGGUGAUCUAGUCAUCAACCAGACGCCCAAUAUCCUGCUCUAUCUGGGGCCGAAGCUAGGACUGGCGCCCAAGCCAGGGGAUGAAGACGAAGAUGGCAUCUUUGUGGUCAAUGAACUUACUCUUACCGCACUGGAUGGGCUGAGCAAUGAGCCCCAUGACUGUCAUCAUCCCAUCGCUAGCAGCCUGUAUUACGAGGAUCAAAAAGAAGAAAGCUUGCGCAAAAGCAAGGACUACAUCGCAAACAGGCUUCCGAAGUUCUUGGGCUAUUUCAAUCGAGUGCUCAAGAGCAAGGCCAGUGGCGACGGGCCCUGGCUUUACUCCGGAAAGCUGACAUAUGCCGAUCUUGUGCUGUUCCAGUGUGUAGACGGGCUGCAACACAUGUUUCCAAAGGCUUUGCAGAAGCUGCAGGACACGGGCGACUACGAUGGCGUGUUUGCUCUCCAUGCUGCUGUGAAGGAGAGACCUCGCAUUAAGGCAUACCUUGCGAGUGACAGGCGUCAAAAGUACAGCUUGGGAAUAUACAGACACUAUCCUGAACUGGAUUUGGCCGACUGAGGUGUGAUAAGAGGGCCAAUAGCAUUACCAUUAAGUAAUGUAAAUAUCAUCUUCUGGGGCCCUCCCGAAUCUACGACGACCUCUACCUUACUGACUGAGCAAAAGAGGCCGUAUCUAUCAAUCUUGGUUCUCAAUGGCAUAAUAUUUAGACUCUCAU